AUGAAGCGGUUCGUGAAGGGCCUCCGAGCGCAGGCGGUUGCCGAGGGCCUCACGACGUUCAGCUUGUCAAGUUGUCAUAAUUCAAAGACGCCCAUACCGUCGGUGUUUAUUGGGGUGGAUUUUAUAAUGAAUGAUAGCGCUGUUGCACAACGUGCGGUUGUAGAGCUCCACACCGGAUUUCUUGCGGCAAUUGCCAGCCUUAUGGCCUCGUGGGAUGAACCUGAGAUCAACAUGGCCUCGCUUCCCACCUCUCUUGCUCAUGCCCGCGACGCCCUGCGGUCGGAGCUGCAGUCACGGCGGGUUCAUGGGGUUGUGGGUGUUGUGACGGAGGCGAUGCUGGGCGUGGGGAGUGUGGCCUUCCUCGACCCGCUGCAGCUCGAGCCGCGGCUGAACAGGUUCCGUCGGCACGUGAUCCACCUGUCGCCGACGCUGGAGCAGCAGUUCUUCGUGCUUGCGGAGUACCUCCGGGACGCGGGUGUCCGCGCGGCGCACGCGGUGAUCCGCGGCGAGGAGGCGGCGGCGGUGGCGGAGGUGCUGCGGCGGUCGCUGGUGACGUUUGGCGGGUCGCUGCGGUCCGCGACGCUGCUGGCCAGCGGCGACGCGGUGGCGGGGCACCUUCCGGAGGCGGGCGACGUGUUCGUGGCGGGCCUUGCGGCCGGCGACGUCGCUGCGGUGGCGCGGCACGUGGCGUUGCACGACGGCGUGCGCGUGUUCGUCGCGUUCUCCGAGUUUGUGCUGCUGCACGCCGACUUCGUUGCCGCGUUCGGUGGCGUUGACCGCGUCGUGUUUGCGACGAGCCUGCCGCACUGGGACGACGCGAACUCGACGUCGGAGACCGCCCGGGAGUUCUUCGCCGCCGUGCCCAACGCCACGCAACGGACGCCGCUGGCGCUGAUGGGCUUCGCUGCCACGCAGCUGCUGCGGACGGUUCUCUCGCGCAUGGACAAGGUGAGCGCUGCGCUGCUGACAGACUUCUUCUACAACAACGUUGCCGUCACCGCGAAGGACAUGCUGUACGGUUCAUUCUUUAACGGCACGGCGUGCGCUGCGGCUGUGGCCGGCGGUGCUGGGUGCGGCAAGAACUACGGGGCGACGCGCAUUUCUGUGUGGUCGCUUGCCCGUGCGCUGGACCCCGCCGUGACCCCGACGAUGGAGUACGCGAAGCCCGCUGCGCGCGGACUGACGCGACCGCAGCUGAUCGGCACCAUCGUCGGCGGCGUCGUUGGCGGUCUGCUGCUUGUGGGCGUGGCGGCUCUGCUGCUGCGCUUCUGCCGCGACUCGCGCGACAACGCGAAUGCGCCGAAGGAGCCGACGGAC